AUGAAGAAUGAAGCUUGCUCGCUGGCCUUUUUCAGAGCCGUCUUUGCCGAGUUCUUGGCCACCAUGAUAUUUGUGCUUGUCGGGGUGGGCUCGGCCUUGAAUUGGCCGUCGGCACUCCCAGGGAUGGUGCAGAUUUCCAUGGCCUUUGGCUUGGCCAUCGCCACCCUCGUCCAGUCCGUGGGCCAUGUCAGCGGGGCUCACAUCAACCCAGCGGUGACAGUGGGCCUCCUCGUUGCACAAAAGAUUUCAGUCGUGAGAUCGGUGGCCUACGUUGUGGCUCAGAUGGUGGGAGCGAUAGCUGGGGCAGGAGUGAUCUACCAGCUCGCUCCACCCGAUGUCCGAGGGACCCUGGCCGUAAAUGCGCUGCACAACAACACAGGAGCAGGACAGGCAGUGGGAGUAGAGCUGAUUCUCACCUUCCUGCUGGUCCUCUGCGUCUUCGCCUCGACGGACAGCCGCAGAACUGAUGCUGUGGGCUCGCCAGCGUUAAGUAUCGGGCUGUCAGUCACAACCGGCCAUUUCCUAGGGAUCUAUUUCACGGGCUGCUCAAUGAAUCCUGCACGGUCUUUUGGCCCCGCUGUCAUAAUGGCAAACUUCCAAGAUCACUGGAUCUUUUGGGUGGGACCUCUGGUGGGCGGUAUUGUGGCCUCUCUGAUCUACAACGUCAUCCUCGCUCCUGACACAAGAAGCCUAUCCGAGAGGCUUGAUGUUCUGAAAGGGACCUACCAACCUGAAGAUGACUGGGUGGAGAAGAAUGAUCAGAGGUACUCAACGGAACUGGUGGAGAAUCGCAGAAUCAUGGAAUCAUAA